UGAACCUCCAGCGACAACUGGAAAAUUGUGUCAUCAGAGUUGCCCACCUUCACUCACCAUCGGGCCACUUCUUUUGCCAUUCGCCAUUGUUGUAAGGCUGGGGAAGGAGUGAGCACAUGCUGCAAAGAGAGUGGCAACGAUGAGCAUCAAAGUCGGUAAAGAAGCACAAUCGUCUUGCAUAUCCCGUCUUUGGGUGUGCACAAAUUCCCGACCUUGAUCACAACGAGACACGGUCACACGGAAAAAGAGAAAUGGGGUUUGGAGUUUGGGAAAGCUCCAGCCACCUCAGCUCACAAAAUCUGGCCAAAAGCACAUGAAUGUCAGCUCACUGGAGCACUCAGCUGUGUCGCCUGCCUGCAGCAGUAGCAAUAUGGCCUCGGGCGACUUGAGAGCGAGCAGUUUGACGAGAUCACUGUGGAAAAUACUGCGAUUAUCGAGCUCAGCGUCAGACGGUCUGCGUGGAGGAACUUUUGCAUCCUCUGCGGAGAUAGUUUUCGGUCGCCCCCACCCUGAGGCUCGGCAGUCCCUGGUACAAGUCUCAUUAUGAAGCGCCCCAGAUCCUCGAAGAUUGUGGAGGAAUGUUACUGGAGGAUCCUCCCUCUCGGGGCGCUUACCACCAAUUUUGCUGACUUACAAUUAUGAUCAGGUACCUUUGGGGCCCUGGAACAUGGAAUGCAACAGACUCGAACAGACUUGCCAGCACGGCCUCGAGACGAUCUGACAAGUGUCGACGAAUUAUGGACACUUUUUUCGCAAUUUUCGUUAGCUCUCAGGUUCUCAGCUUUUAACCUUUCUAUGACUACUCCAGUGUCCACUGACUCAUGUGAGAGCUACGCAGCAACAUACGCUUCGUAUGUUGUCGGUCGAAUGGCAUCAAGCUCUUUCCAGUACAUACAGCACUUCUGCAUCCGUCGAUGCCUUGCGUCCCCAGAUUAACAGGGUUCAAAAUAAGCCUGCCUGCCAGAUCUUCGAUUACACCUUCCCCUUUUGUUCGCCCAAGAGUCUGGCAAAGACGGCUCGACAUUUGUGUCAUAGGCUGGAGAUGUUCACAUCAAAGUUUCUGCUGGAAAACCUUUCGCUCACCCGGGUCUCACUUUACAUGGAGAUCUGAUGUAAAGUCUUCGCUGCUGUAUAGUCUUGGCUCCCACACUUGUCAAACUUUUGGCACCGAUAACCGGUUGUGAUUAAAUCCUCAAUUCUCAACUCUGUGUCUGAGAUCUCUCGCCUGUCACAGAUAUCAAUCUCUUUUCUACUGUUGUUUCUAUGGGAAUGAGUCUCUGGACAUUGAAGAUUAGAUGUCGAAUACUCUCGAAAAUUCAAUGCUGUGCCAGAAAAAAUGAUGGGCUUGUUUUGCAUCCCGUUUUGUGAGGUAGUUGUAGUUUCAUCCAGCCACUCCUUCAUUUCCCACUCGUUCCGGUCACAAUGUAAACCAUGAAGACGAAAGACAACAAAGCCUCAGGAAACCCAGCCCGAGGGCAACGAGAGAAGACAAGAGAGGUUGCCUCUCAGGUGACAAAUUGCUGUCCUUACAGAAAGUGCACCAUCAAGAGGAGGCGUGACUCCUGGCGGGUUCCACAGGUCAAACGUCUUGCAUCUCUACUAGCAGUGGCAGUGCCAUAAAUCCGUGAAUAACCUCGAGGUAGAAGAAGUGAGGAAAUCGGCAGGCUUUGAAAUUUCCUCAUGGUUUCCCUCUAGCUUAACUUGGAAGAAUUCGUUCGUAUCCUGCUAUAAAUGUACUGUGCCACAUAUGCGGGACACGCGGACGUUUACAGCCAAGUGACAGUUGCUUGAAGAGACGCCUUUCAAUGGUAGAACACUUGUAUACAAAUUACAUUUUGUGAUAUAGGAUAUACAAAAUCUCAGAGUUUAACUUCUGAAGAUUGGAG